AUGCCCUACAACCGCAUUGCCAUCUACGGCCACCGUGGCUGGGCCAGCUCGGCCAUCGUGCACGCGCUCGCCUCCUCCGGCGCCCCGAUCAGGGUUCUCUACCGGCCGGGGUCCGACAUCUCGACGCUUCCCGGGAAUGUCCGCGCCGUCGAGGUAGAUGUGUCCGACGAAGCGGCGGUAGUUGCUGCCCUCGAGGAGAUUGACAUCGUGAUAUCUUUAGUCGGCCACGAAGGCGUCCCCCGCCAACACCACCUCAUCAACGCCAUCCCCAAAACAGCCGUGCAGCUCUUCGUCCCCUCUGAGCUAGCCGCCCGCUACGACGCCCAGGGCCUGCGCAUCCCCGUCAACCAGGCCAAGAAAGCCGUCGAACUCGCAGCUCAGGCAGCGGGGAUCCCGAUGACGAUCGUGCUGGUGGGCAACUUUGCCGAGUUUGCGUUGGCGACGCCGGCAAUGGGCGUCGACUACCCCAACAACAGAAUCAUCUUCACAGGCGAUAGUGCCACACAUGCUGUGAAUCUUUGCACAAGAGCCUACGUAGCAGCAGCAUAUGCGUCCAUCUUCGCCGCCACCCCGCUCGACCAGCUGAAAACCCGCACGCUCACGCUCUCGGAGCUCCGCGCCACCGGUGACGAGAUCGCAGCCGCGCUGACGGAGCGGCAUGGGACCCGCACGCUGAGCGCGACGGGGACGAUCGACGCGGUCGACGCGCAGAUCGAGGGGUUCCUGCAGGCGGGGAAGCCGUUUGGGUUGGCGUUCUACUGUCGGAGGAUCUGGGGAGCGGGGAUGCAGGUUGGGAUGUUGACGGAGGACGUUUGGGAGGUGCCGGGGUAUGUGAAGGCUGGUUUGGGGGAGUUGGUUGUUGGGGGCGGGUUGGGUGCGUAUCGGACGUUGCCACAGGAGGUUUGGGGGGUUUUUGAGGAGGGGUUUGCGGCUUGUGCUUGA